GGCACACAAGAAACAAAGGACCCUUGACAUAGCUUCCUCAUGGUGGCAUGAACAAAGCCUUUCCUGAUGAAAUUUUUAUUAUUAUUAAUAUUCUGGUCUACAUAGCUCUCUACUUUAUUCAGCCCAAUGGCAUGGAUGUUGCCAAUUAUAAAUGACAAACUAUUGAAGGAAGAGAAUUCCAGUUCUUUAAAGAACGACGAAUUGGUCUCCAGCCUGAAUUGCCUCCAGCUUAAUUAGAGGGGGAGGAGUUGUGCCUAAAAAAACAAACCCAACCUGUCGUUCUGAGCUCUGCCAACCUGUCAGUCCAGCCAUGCAAGAGAGGGAGAGAGAGAAAAAAGGAGGGAGUGAAGCAGAGAUUCUUUCAGAUCUCAGCAGAUAUUAAGAUUUCCAAUGAACAAAGGAAACAAAUAGCCCUCGGGACCACAGGUGUGUUCUGUAAGCUGAUGCCACGAGGCAGAUAUGAGAAAGAUGACUGAACAGAGUGGUUGCUAUAGGCCUGUAAACAUACAGGGAAAUAAGAUCAGUUACAAAGGCUCUUGCAAAAAAAGCCCAGAAAUGGGGAUGAAAAGACAGCAGAAGCGGUUUCUCCACAAGGAUGGCAGCUGCAAUGUGUACUUCAAACACAUCUUUGGGGAAUGGGAGAGCUACGUGGUGGACAUAUUUACCACCCUGGUGGACAUCAAAUGGCGCCACAUGUUUGUCAUCUUCUCCCUGUCCUAUGUUCUGUCAUGGCUGUUCUUUGGACUGGUCUUCUGGCUGAUAGCAAUGCAACAUGGAGAUUUAUUGAACGACGAAGAAACAACCCCCUGUGUUGCAAAUGUCCAUAGCUUCACGGGGGCAUUCCUGUUCUCCCUGGAAACCCAGACGACCAUUGGUUAUGGUUACCGCUGCGUUACAGAGGAGUGCUCUGUGGCAAUCCUGAUGGUUAUCCUGCAGUCAGUACUAAGCUGCAUUAUCGACACUUUCAUCAUCGGAGCAGCCUUGGCUAAAAUGGCCACAGCUCGAAAAAGAGCUCAGACCAUUCGUUUCAGCUACUAUGCUGUGGUAGGCCUAAGGGAUGAUAAAUUCUGCCUGAUGUGGCGCAUUGGCGAUUUCCGACCAAACCACAUGGUUGAGGGCUCUGUACGAGCUCAGCUCCUACGCUACAAGGAAGACAAGGAAGGAAGGAUGACAAUGGAAUACAAGGACUUGAAGCUGCUGAAUGACCAGAUCAUACUUGUUACACCAGUGACAGUAGUGCAUGAAAUUAAUAGUGAGAGUCCUUUGUAUGGUCUGGACCGGAAAGCUUUGGCCAAGGACAACUUUGAGAUCUUGGUCACAUUUGUCUACACAGGGGAUUCAACAGGAACUUCACAUCAGUCAAGAAGCUCAUACGUGCCCAGAGAGAUUCUUUGGGGCUAUAGGUUUAAUGACGUCUUACAUGUAAAGAAAAAGUACUACAAAGUGGAUUGCUUGCAGUUUGAAGAAACUACAGAGGUUUAUGCUCCUCACUGCAGUGCUAUGCAGCUGGAUCGAAAGGAGCAAGAAUGGAAUAGGACAGAGAAGGCACUGGAAAAAGAAGCAGAGACAUCAAUGACAGAAAUCAAACCAUUUAGCGAGAACCAGAAAUCAUUUAGUGCUGUUGCCCUCAUCACUAGUUGUGAAGAUCCAGAAGACCUGGUGGCAACUGUCAGUCAGCCUUCUGGAGAAGCUUCAUAUCAGAAAGCAGCUGUGACCUUAAGCAGGCUAUCACUGGAGUCACAAAUCUAGCUUUUCACUGCAAUUAAAAUCAGUUCCAACAACUUCUCCUAGCACAGCUUUUAGAGUAUAAACAAUGAACUCAUGCACAAGUAUUUACAUUAUGAGCCUCAUACUGUCAGCAUGCCUACAUUACAAUACUGAGCUGCUAAAAGGAGCUUCAUAAUGGUUAGUGUGGGUAUCAGUAACAGAUUAGUGUUGGCACAAGAAAGCAGCUUAAAUUUGGGUUGACUAGACAGCUACUGUGCUUGAGCAAACUUAUUCUAAACUUUAUUACCCUGCAGGGACUAAUGUUGAAGACACCCAGAGAGAGAGAAUGAUCUGGGCAGAGAACAAGAACAGUGAAGUGUGCCCUCUAGGUCAGAUAUUUCAGAACUGCCUAAUUUGCUUGGGAUCUCAGUUCCCAGUCCCUCUGGGAGGCUCUGAAAUUCCCCUACCAUCACAGAAAAUGAUUGAUCUUCUGUGGCAAUUGCCCCUCUCUGGUAGUUCAAGUGAAGCCCCUUUCCUGGGGUUGCACUGCGGAACGUGUAGGGCUGUGCUAUGUAAGAGGAGCAAAGUGGCAGUACUGGAACCCAGCAUUACUGGGUAGCUUUGAGAACUUGCUUAUACUCUCAGUUCUGUGAGAUACCCAAUGAGAUCCUGCAGAGCUUUUCUCAUUUCUUUGUCAUGAGCUGCUCCCAGUAAUGCCACCAGCCUCACAAUUCAAUCUAUGUGCUAUAUCAGCUGCAUGCUAUGGUGCUGCAUGCAGGCUUGGCUCUGUCAGCAAGGAGGGCUGGUCAAAUGGGCUCCUUUACACUCAUCAGAAAUCAAAAUGGAACCUCGAGCAUGAGGUGAAAAUCAGCACAAUGGUGUUAAGCCUCAGGACAGAGCAGCCUGGUCUUAGAAGGAGCUUUGCCAUUCUUAAAAUCAAAAUGUCUUUUCAUUUCAGAAUGCCAGCCUUGCUUUUGCUUUUAUUGUGUUACACUGCUUUAAAUUGUCCAGUCUAGAGACCAAACGGCCUGAUUUUGUCAAAAUGAAAUAUGUUUAUUCAUCUGAAAUGGCUAAAAAUGAUCCUUUGCAGAGAAAUUCAACACACUCAUCUGUCAGCUCCAUUUGCAAAGAAAAAGAAAAAGGAAGAAAAUGUCAGUGUUUUGAAGCUGCCCAUAACAUGGAAGUUCCACGCCCUGCACACCUCUGUUAUCCAAUAUGCAAUAUCUCAUCAUGCUUUCCCCCCCCCCCGAUGAUGAUCGCAUCUAACUUACGUUAUGUUUCGUUACCCUGCUGAUGUAAAAGUUAUCGUCUCUGAAUUUAUGGUUGCCUAAAAUGGAAUUUGUCUUACCUGACCUCAGCCACCAAGAGGUGAAGUACCGCCUACUGCCCAAGGCUCUCUGUAGUUGCUGUAACUUUGUUCUGCCUUCACAGGGGAGUCCAUUCCAUCUCCAUCUGAGUGCUUGGGGGAGCUGAAGGCAAUAGGAUGGUAUUAUCCUGGAAGCGCUCAUCCAUCCCUGUUUGCUGUUGAAGGAGAUGAGAUGACUGUUUUGGAAAUGCUAGCUAACUUUAAGCAGCUAAAAUUAGGUCUGAUGAGUCAUUCCCAUCAUGCUGACUAAUUCAAAGUUUUUAUGAGCUAAUCACAUUUAAUGAAAAGAAAACCAGCAAACUGAUUGUUUUUCUCCUCUCCUCUCCUCGAACUUACUGCAUUAUUUUAACACACCUUACAUUUCUUUACACUCAUACAAGUUCUGGAUGCUAUGUGACCCCUUACAGGUAAAACCAAGCAUAUUAACAAGCCUGAGUGGAGGUGGUUACUCCUAAGCUCAUUAACUGACACGGUUCAGGUGCUGUUUGUAAAGGCAGUUUCCCUCCCCAAGCUGCAAACUGCAGCUUUCCCUCUCCCAGCAAUGUACUGCGUGAGCCUCUUGCGGUGAAGAUAAUUCUUUCCUUGGAAUGACUUUCCUGUCAGUGAAUGUACCAGGAGUCUGAUUUGGCUUUUGGUCACAUGCUUCUUGGUAUAGAUAGAUAUAAAUACGUGAGUAUGUAUAGUAAUGUAUGCUUUGGCAUAUAAGUCAACCACUAGCUGAUGAGGGUCAGGAAGAAACUUUUCUCCUGGGCAUGUUAAUUCAUAACAGGCUACUAUACAGUUUCUUCCACUUUUAUCUGCAGCAUCUGAUACCAGCCAGUGCUGGAGACAGGAUACUCUUUGAACCACUGCUCUCAACCCAUCUGGCUUUUUCUGGGUUUCUCUGCUUGAUAUUUUAAUUUCAUUUAUCAGAGUAUAAAAAUGAUGUAUUAUAAUGUAUAGCAAAGCAUGCAUUGCAUUUUUAUGAAUAAAGAAGCAGAAAUAAAGAGCAUGCCUCUACCACA